AUGUAUGCCGUACUGAAAUGUUUGUGUAAAGGUAUAGCUGCUGAUAGCACAGAUGAUUAUGUUCGUAUGGGAGCGCCAACCGUCUAUAUGCAUGUGAAGAGGUUUACCAGGAAUUGUCCAACAUCAUGGGCAGGUACGUUCCGUGGGCAUGAGAAAAAACCUACCAUGAUCUUAGAAGCCGUGGCAUCAUAUGAUUGGUGGUUUUGGAAUGGUUUCUUUGGAACGCCAGGGUCGAACAACGAUUUGAACGUAUUGGCUCAAUCUCCACUUUUUGAUAAGAUGGUUAAUAGUUUAGCAGCUCCUUUUAAUUACCGCAUCAAUGGCCACAGCUACGACAAGGGUUACUACUUGGCGGAUAAUAUAUAUCUACGAUUUUCUUGUAUUGUGCAGUCAUUCAAAAUUCUUCUUCCAAAUCAGCCAUCUAAUACGUUGUUCAAUAGAUACCAAAAAGCGAAGAGAAAGGAUGUUGAAAGGGCUUUUGGAACUCUCCAAAACAAGUUCCAAAUAACAAAAAAUCCAACAUUUUACUGGGAUAGGGAGGAUAUAAACUUUAUUAUCAAGGCUUUUUGA